ACGUUGCCACUUUUGACGUUGACAGUUCAUCGUGAGUGCCUGCACGAAUGACAGGUGCGAUUGUAUGUGUAAGCGAGCGGGGGUCAGCCGCUUUUCCGUUUUAGUUGAUUUUUAAAGCAUUUAAAUGGAGUUGCACAACAUAACACUGCCAGCGAUACUAAUUGGGCUACUGCUAUUAUGCGGCUCAUCCAACGCCUGGCACUCCGAGGAGCUGGAGAUAUUUGAUCUGGUCGAAGAGGUCAACAAGAAUUUCUACGAAUUUAUGGGCAUCAAUCAGACUGCCACGAACAAUGAAAUAAAGCGCGCUUUUCGCACCCUUUCCAUUGUUUUACAUCCCGACAAGAAUCCGGCCGAGGAUGCCAACAUUCAGUUCCGCAACCUUGUCUCUAUCUACGAGGUGCUCAAGGAUCCAUCGAAACGCGAAAAGUACGACAAGGUGCUGCGCGAUGGCAUGCCCAACUGGAAGUCCGCUCUGUAUUACUAUCGCCGAAUGCGUAAGAUUGGCCUGUAUGAGGGCGCUUUCAUCAUAUUCCUGAUCAUUACCGUGGGCCAGUAUCUGUUUGCUUGGGCAUCUUACCUUGAGACAAAAUACACAGCUGAGCAGGUGUUCGGCACCAAACUGAAGAAGCUGCAGAAGCGCAACAAGAAUAUUGAUAUGGACGUCAUUCUGAAAGAGAUCCCGAUGCCUUCAUUGCUCAAUACAUUGCCCAUUCAAAUACCUCUCGCCAUUUGGCAUUUGCCGAGAACAAUUAAAAAUGGAUUUAGCAAAGCCAAUGAGCUCAAGGAGCUGGCAUUAGAGAAGCGCAGGCAAGAAAUUGAAGAGCAGCGUCGCCUACAGGAACAGGAGCGAGAAGCUGAAGAACAAGCGCGUCUACGUAAAGAGCAAAAGGAAAAUUUGCGUAAGCGCAAGCAGAACGCAAAGGCACCAGAGAAGACCGAGGAGGAGUUACGUGGCUAUUCACAAAUCCAGGCACGAGAGCUAACCGAAGACGAUGCAAUACGUCCAGUUACCCAAAAGACCACCGUCAGCGGCGGAUUUUGGACUGAUGAGGAUCUAACCGAGCUCAUUAGGUUAGUUAAAAAAUAUCCAGGCGGUGCUGGCAGUCGCUGGAACACCAUAGCCGAGUCCAUGAACCGCACUGUACAAGAGGUGACAUUCAUGGCGGCCAAGAUGAAGGAGAACGGCUAUCGUAUACCAGGCCAAUCGGAUAGCGUGGCUGAGCACAUUGUCCAGGAAUCCCAGGAGGCAGUCCGCAAGGAGAAGAUCAAGAAGGCGACGCCCACCGUUAAUGAGAAGAGCAUGCUUAUACCAGAGACAAACUGGACUCAGGAUCAGCAGCGUGCCCUCGAAGCGGCCAUCGUUAAAUAUCGAAAAACCGCUGGCGGCGAUCGCUGGGUAAAAAUUGCCAACAGUGUGCCAGAAAAGACCAAGGAGGAGUGCUUAGUGCGCUACAAAUACUUGUGUGAACUAGUUAAGACACAGAAGAAGGCCGAGGUAGAAGAGGCGGAAGCGUCGAACAUCGACGGCGAGGAGAAGGAGCCCCCCGUAGAGGAGACGCCAGCUGUUGUUGCUCCGGCUGCGCCAGCUAAAAAGCUCAGUAAGCGCGAGCAGCGGCGACGCAAACGCGACAUGUCCAGUGAUGAGGACUCUGAUGAUGCAUAUCAAUAUGAGAUCAGUUAGUUCAGUCCCUCGCCUAAUCUUAACCGUAGUCCAUGCCUCAGAGAUACUUCGUCCUUUAUCAAUUUAAUCCAUAUCGCAGCCAAGCACCAAUUUGGCUUAACUUUAGCCAGAGCGAGAAGGGUCAUAAUUUAGUUGGGUAUAUAUAUUUCUAUAUAUACUACCAUGCCAAGGUAUUAGCCAGCUCAAGUCCCAUUUGAACUAAGUAAAAUUUUUAUGUUUAACGGUUUUGAAUUUAAUUUCUCCUAUUAUCAGAGCUCUUAACAAUUAAGCACUAGUUUUUUCUCACUCGAAACGGUGGCCAAGAUAUCAUUUCAUCUCUUUCUUUUUUUCCCAACUUGUGUCUGCGUGUGGUAGGGCUUUAGUGAUUAAUUAGUUUACAUUUCUGUGGCUCAAAAUUUAACGUUUCAGCAUUUCGUUGCAUGAAAUUUAAUUUAGACUCAACAUGUGGUAUGUGAACCGCUUGUUUUCUGUUUUGUACAUAAAUGUAUUUUAUAAUUAUAUUAUACCUAAAAGUUUCUUUGCUAAGUAAGGAGUUGAAACGAAAGA